CCGAGCCGCCCCUCCCAGAAGGCCUCCAACAGCCAGGAGCAGGAGCUCUGACUCUGAGGGACUUGUUCUGUGGAGAGCUUUGAGAGGUGCCACUGGGGUUGCUGUUUGGAGCCACCUUACCAAGGCAGGGCUCUCUGAGGAUCUGCUCUUUAUCUCUGUCUUGAGGAUGACAAUGGAUGACAGAUGCUACCCAGUGAUCUUUCCAGAUGAACGGAAUUUCCGUCCCUUCACUUCUGAUACUCUGGCUACAAUUGAGAAGAGGAUUGCCAUCCAAAAGGAGAAAAAGAGGUGCAAAGACAAGACAACAGCAGAACCCCAGCCUCGGCCUCAGCUUGACCUAAAGGUCUCCAGGAAGUUGCCCAAGCUCUAUGGUGAUAUUCCCCAUGAGCUGAUAGCAAGGCCCCUGGAAGACUUGGACCCAUUCUACAGAAAUCAUAAGACAUUUAUGGUGUUGAAUAAAAAGAGAACAAUCUACCGCUUCAGUGCCAAGCGUGCCUUGUUCAUUCUUGGGCCUUUCAAUCCAAUCCGAAGUUUAGCCAUCAAAAUCUCAGUCCAUUCAUUGUUCAGCAUGUUCAUCAUCUGCACCGUCAUCAUCAACUGCGUGUUCAUGGCCACCGCUCAUGGGAAGGACAAAAAUAAUACAGAUACCGACAAUGCUGAGUAUGUCUUCACUGGUAUUUAUAUUUUUGAAGCUUUAAUAAAAAUAUUGGCAAGAGGUUUUAUUCUGGAUGAGUUUUCUUUUCUUCGAGAUCCAUGGAACUGGCUGGACUCCAUUGUCAUUGUAACAGCGUUUGUAUCAUAUUCACCAAAUACCAUACUCAACAACAGCAUCAGUAUGUCAUCCCUGCGUACCUUCCGAGUGUUUAGAGCUUUGAAAGCAAUUUCAGUGGUUUCAGGUCUAAAAGUCAUUGUUGGGGCCUUGCUACGCUCUGUGAAGAAGCUUGUCGACGUGAUGAUCCUGACUCUCUUUUGCCUCAGCAUCUUCGCCCUGGUAGGUCAGCAGCUCUUCAUGGGAAGUCUGAACCAAAGAUGUAUCAAGGCGAGCUGUACGGAUAUCAAUAAACUUAGUGAUAGUUGCUUUGAAAAGAAAAAUUCCUCUGAAUUCAGAAUGUGUGGCAUCUGGAUGGGUGAAAGUGCCUGUUCUGAAGGAUUUCAAUGCAACCACACCAAAAGGAAUCCUGACUAUAAUUAUACCAAUUUUGACAAUUUUGGUUGGUCUUUUCUUGCCAUGUUUCGGCUUAUGACCCAAGAUUCCUGGGAGAAGCUUUAUCAACAGACCUUGCGUGCCUCAGGGCUCUUCUCAGUUUUCUUCUUUGUGGUAGUCAUCUUCCUGGGCUCUUUUUACCUGAUUAACUUAACCCUGGCUGUUGUCACCAUGGCUUAUGAGGAACAGAACAGAAACGUAGCUGCUGAAACAGAGGCCAAGGAAAAGAUGUUUCAGGAAGCCCAGCGGCUGCUGAAGGAGGAGAAGGAGGCUCUAGUUGCCAUGGGAAUUGACAGAAGUUCACUUAAUUCCCUGGAAGCAUCAUCUUUUUCCUCAAAGAAGAGAAAGCUAUUUGGUAAUAGGAAAAGAAAGUCCUUUUUUUUGAGAGACUCUGGGAAAGACCAGACUCCAGGAUCAGAUUCUGAUGAAGAUUCCACAAAAAAGCCUCACAUCCUGGAGCAAACCAAACGACUCUCCCAGAAUCUGUCAGUGGAUUAUUGUGAUGAUCACGGGGACCCCUUCCAAAGGCAGAGGGCCCUGAGUGCUGUCAGCAUCCUCACCAUUACCAUGCAGGAACAAGAAAAAUCACAGGAGCCUUGCCUCCCAUGUGGGGAAAACCUGGCAUCCAGAUACCUCGUGUGGAACUGUAGUCCACGUUGGCUGUGCAUUAAGAAGGCCCUGAGAACUGUGAUGACUGACCCCUUUACUGAGCUGGCCAUCACCGUCUGCAUCAUCAUCAACACUGUCUUCUUGGCCAUGGAGCAUUACAAAAUGGACCAGAGUUUUGAGUCUAUAUUGUACACAGGGAAUUUGGUUUUCACUGGCAUUUUCAUGGCAGAAAUGUGCCUAAAAAUUAUUGCACUUGAUCCCUACAACUACUUUCGCCGAGGCUGGAACAUUUUUGACAGCAUCGUUGCUCUUCUGAGUUUUGUAGAUGUGAUGAUCAAUAUAAUUGUAGGAAAACAAUGUCCGAGGGUUUUCCAUUCCUUGAGAGUGCUGAGGGUCUUCAAGUUAGCGAAAUCCUGGCCAACUUUAAACACACUGAUUAAGAUAAUUGGCCACUCCGUUGGAGCUCUGGGAAACCUGACUGUGGUCCUGGCUAUUGUGGUCUUUAUUUUCUCAGUGGUUGGCAUGCAGCUUUUUGGCUCUCAAUUCAAUUCUGUAAAGAGUAAUAGAAGAUCCUGCAACCCUACAGUCCCAUGUUUACGACGCUGGCACAUGGGGGACUUUUACCAUUCCUUUCUGGUGGUAUUCCGCAUCCUCUGUGGGGAAUGGAUUGAAAACAUGUGGGAAUGUAUGCAAGAAACAAAUCAAACACUGUGCAUUGUCGUCUUUCUGUUGAUCAUGGUGAUAGGGAAACUCGUGGUACUCAACCUCUUCAUUGCCUUGCUGCUCAAUUCCUUCAGUAAUGAAGAGAGAGAUGGAAACUUGGAUGGAGAGUCCAAAAAAACCAAAGUCCAGUUAGCCCUGGAUCGGUUCCACCGGGUUUUUUGCAUUGUUAUAUAUACUCUUGAGCAUUUUUGUCACAAGUGGUGCAGGACUCAAAACUCACCAAAGAGAACAAAGGUGACAGGAGGCCCUGCUGCCCAAAGCAAAGAUAUCAUUCCGUUGGUCACAGAGAUGAAAAGGGGCCCCGAGACUAGGGAGGAGCAUGAUCAGACGUGGUUGGCCCCACUUGCAGAGGAAGAGGAUGGUUUUGAAUCUUCUGGAGAAAACAAUGCACAGCAUAUCACACAACCUGAGGCUGGAAAACAGUGUCAGGCCUUUGAAUUCCAUCAGGAGACCAAGAAGUCCACCAGCCCAGGAGCUCAAAGUGUGGAAAUUGACGUGUUCUCUGAGGAUGACAUAUGUUUGUCAAAACAAGAUCCCCAAAAGAAGUCUGAUACUGCCAGUGUGUUCUCAGAAUGUAGCACCAUUGAUCCACAGGAUCCCUUUGGGCGGGUAACUGAAAUGGUUCUCAAAAAAGAACCAGAGCGAUGUUUUCCCAAAGGCCUGGGUCACUGCUUCCCAUGCUGUUCCAUGAACAAGAGAAAGUCCCCCUGGAUCAUUUGGUGGAACCUGCGGAAAACCUGCUACCAAAUAGUGAAACACAGCUGGUUUGAGAGCUUUAUUAUCUUUGUGAUUCUGCUGAGCAGUGGGGCACUGGUAUUUGAAGAUAUUUACCUUGAGGAACGACCCAAUAUCCGAGAUUUACUUAAUUGUACUGACCAUAUUUUCACAUACAUUUUUAUCCUGGAGAUGGGUCUAAAAUGGGUGGCCUUUGGAUUUGGGAAGUAUUUCACCAGUGUCUGGUGCUGGCUCGAUUUCAUCAUUGUGAUUGUCUCUGUGACCAGUCUCAUUGACUUAAAGAGCUUGAAGUCCUUUCGGACCCUACGAGCACUGAGGCCCUUGCGAGCAUUGUCCCAGUUCCAAGGAAUGAAGGUGGUAGUCAAUGCUCUCAUAGGUGCCAUACCUGCCAUUCUGAAUGUUUUGCUUGUCUGCCUCAUUUUCUGGCUGAUAUUUUGUAUCCUGGGAGUAAACUUCUUUUCUGGAAAAUUUGGAAGAUGCAUUAAUAGAACAGAUAUAAACUCAGUUAUAAAUUACAGCACUAUUGCGAAUCAAAGUCAAUGUGAAGGUGGAAAUUUAUCUUGGGUCAACCUUCCAGUCAACUUUGACAAUGUGGGAAUGGCUUACCUUGCCCUGCUGCAAGUGGCAACAUUUAAGGGCUGGAUGGAUAUUAUGUAUGCAGCUGUCGAUUCCAGAGGGAAAGAACAACAGCCAGGGUUUGAGGAAAGCCCAUACAACUACCUUUUCUUCGUGGCUUUUAUCAUCUUUGGUUCAUUCUUUACUCUGAAUCUCUUUAUUGGUGUUAUAAUUGACAACUUCAACCAACAGCAGAAAAAGUUAGGUGGUGAAGACAUUUUUAUGACUGAAGAACAGAAGAAAUACUAUAAUGCAAUGAAAAAAUUAGGAUCCAAAAAACCUCAAAAGCCCAUUCCAAGGCCUCUGAAUAAAUGCCAGGGUCUCAUGUAUGACCUAGUCACAAACCAAGUCUUUGACGUCAUUAUCAUCAUCCUCAUUUUCCUCAACAUGCUUAGCAUGAUGGCUGAAUCAGAAAACCAGCUUGAUACCACAAAAUUCAUCCUUGAUCGUCUCAACCUGGCCUUUGUGGUCAUCUUUACAAUUGAGUGUCUCAUCAAAAUCUUUGCUUUGAGGCAAUACUACUUCACCAUUGGCUGGAAUUUAUUUGAUUGUGUGAUCGUGGUUCUUUCUAUUGUUAGUACAAUGGUUUCUGCCUUGGAGAACCAGGAGCAUAUUCCUUUCCCUCCAACACUCUUCAGGAUUGUCCGGUUGGCUCGCAUUGGUCGAAUCCUGAGACUUGUUCGGGCAGCACGAGGAAUAAGGACUCUCCUUUUUGCUCUGAUGAUGUCCCUUCCCUCUCUAUUCAACAUCGGUCUUCUACUUUUUCUGGUUAUGUUUAUUUAUGCCAUUUUUGGUAUGAACUGCUUUUGCAAAGUGAAUGAGGAGUUUGGAAUUGAUGACAUAUUCAACUUCAAAACUUUUGUUGGCAGCAUACUCUGUCUCUUCCAGAUCACCACCUCAGCAGGCUGGGAUGCCCUCCUUAGGCCCAUGCUGCAAUCAAAGGAUUCAUGCAACCCCAAUUUAGACAGCCGCCACCUCCCUGCCAUAGCCAUCACCUACUUCGUCAGUUACAUCAUCAUCUCCUUUCUCAUUGUUGUCAACAUGUACAUUGCUGUGAUUUUAGAGAACUUCAACACAGCCACAGAAGAAAGUGAGGACCCUUUGGGUGAAGAUGACUUUGAGAUAUUCUAUGAAGUCUGGGAAAAGUUUGACCCAGAAGCAACACAGUUCAUCAAAUAUUCUGCCCUUUCUGACUUUGCUGAUGCCCUUCCUGAACCUUUGCGUGUGGCAAAGCCAAAUAAAUUUCAAUUUCUCAUGAUGGACUUGCCCAUGGUGAGUGGAGAUCGUCUUCACUGUUUGGAUAUUCUCUUCGCAUUCACCACUAGGGUACUCGGUGACUCCAGUGGCCUGGACAACAUGAAGGUCAUGAUGGAGGAGAAGUUCAUGGAAGCCAACCCUUCCAAGAAGUUAUAUGAACCCAUAGUCACCACCACCAAGAGGAAGGAAGAGGAAAGGUGUGCUGCUAUUAUUCAAAAGGCCUUUCGAAAAUAUAAGGUGAAGAUGUCCACGUAUGCCUUGGAAGAUAGGCCUGGUUCACCACUCCACACACUCUGCAAUGGAGACCUUUCUGGCUCUGGGGUGGCCGAGGGCAAGGUCCACUACGACUGAGACCCUACUUCCACUUUUUACCUCAGAGCCUCACAAUCUGGCCUCUGAUGUCUGAGCUCCAGGGGUCCAUAGCUCAGUUUGUGAACAAGCAGUUGACUUCCUGAACUAGCCAUUAUAUUUUUCUGCCUAAAAGAAGUGAUAUUUCAAUGUUUAUUUCAAAUGAUUCUUACAGGGAUAGAAGAUAAGUCUGCCUGACUAUGAACCACUGGUACUGUUUUAGCAAGAAAGAAAACACUAGAAGGGCUGUAGAGGACACAUCGAUGUUAGGACUGAAACACAAAUCAAAUCAUGUAAAAAAAAAAAAAAGAAACAAAAACAUGUUAAAAAUUUAGAUGAUGUUUUUCUAUAUUGUUUCUAGGCACACUGUUCAAUACUUUUGUUCCAUGUUUUCCCCAAUGCAAAUAUGUUGCUUAAACACAUAAAACUCUUUUGCAUGCUGAGUAAAAAUUCAAAAACUGCUAAUAAAUAAAUAGCUUAUUGCAGAUAUUUUUUUACCAACAUUAGUAUUUGGGGUUUAUUUCUAAUGAAAAAGCAUGAUCUUGACUUGUCAAUUACCACCCUGUCUUUCACAAUCUCUGUUCUGCACAUUUGGAAAAAAAUAAAUAAAUGAGACUUUCAAUUUGCAUUUCA